AUGCCCCGCCCACCUCCAGGGCCCGCCAAUCCUCGGGCGGCUGCGGCGCCUCUCCCUCGCAGGGCCCGCCCCUCUGGGCGCUUCUUCCGGGUGGGUCCCCGGGCCGAGGCGAUGGCGCCCUGGGCGCUCCUCAGCCCCGGGGUCCUGGUGCGGACCGGGCACACCGUGCUGACCUGGGGGAUCACGCUGGUGCUCUUUCUGCACGACACCGAGCUGCGGCAGUGGGAAGAGCAGGGGCAGCUGCUGCUGCCGCUCACCUUCCUGCUGCUGGUGCUGGGCUCCCUGCUGCUGUACCUGGCUGUGUCGCUCAUGGACCCAGGCUACGUGAACGCCCAGCCCCAGGCCCAGGAGGAGCCCAAGGAGGAGCAGACGGCCAUGGUUCCCCCGGCCAUGCCCCUGCGGCGCUGCAGAUACUGCCUGGUGCUGCAGCCCCUGCGGUCCCGGCACUGCCGUGACUGCCGCCGCUGCGUCCGCCGUUACGACCACCACUGCCCCUGGAUGGAGAACUGCGUCGGGGAGCGCAACCACCCGCUCUUCGUGGCCUACCUGGCCCUGCAGCUGGUGGUGCUGCUGUGGGGCCUCUACCUGGCCUGCGGGCUCCCCUGCCGCCCCCCAGCCCCACGCCCUGUCCCCGCCCCGCAGGUCCGGCCUCCGCUUCUUCCAGCCCUGGGGGCUGUGGCUGCGCUCCAGCGGGCUCCUGUUCGCCGCCUUCCUGCUACUCUGCCUCUUCUCGCUGGUGGCCAGCCUGCUGCUGGCCUCGCACCUCUACCUGGUGGCCAGCAACACCACCACCUGGGAGUUCCUCUCCUCGCACCGCAUCGCCUACCUCCGCCAGCGCCCCAGCAACCCCUUCGACCGCGGCCUGACCCGCAACCUGGCCCACUUCUUCUGCGGCUGGCCCUCGGGGUCCUGGGAGACCCUCUGGGCCGAGGAGGAGGAGGACGAGGACAGCGGCCAGGCUGUUUAGGGCCACUGAAGGCAGGGCCACCAUCUCGUGCCUAAAAACCGGAGAGGCUGUGUAUGCCCGGCCCGGGGCCAGCCCCUGGUGUGGCCUGGGGCUCUUCGGCGCUGCCCACUCUUCCCUGGCCUCUGCACUGUUGCCAGGCAGGAUCCCAGCCUCACUCAGCGGUGGCUUCCAGGGCUCACGCACAGAUGGACGCCGGGCUCCACCCCACCCCCCCAAGCCGGGCCGCCUCCAAUGCACAGUUGUACAAAUUUAAUGAUCCGUAAAGCAAGUCAAGUAUUAAAAACAUAAACUGUU